GGCACCCGCGGGAGCGCAUGGCGCUAUGGUGAGCUGAGCUCGCUGUCCCCAUCGGGCGGUCCACGCGAGCCCCUGCUUGCUGUCCCCUUAAGGGUGGGUCCACGCGAGCCCCUGCCCGCUGUCCUCUUCUGGGCGGGUCCGCGCGUGCUUCCUGCUCGCUACCCCCAUCGGGACGGUUCUACGCAUGCCCCUGCCCGCUGCCCCCAUCGGGACAGGUCCACGCGUGCUCCCUGCCUGCUGUCCUCCCAUGGGGCCAGACACAGCCCUCCUCACAACACAAGCGGGACCGAGUUCCUCCUGCUGGCUCCUUUGGGGUGGGCUGGGCACCGCUCCUGCCUGCUGGACCCUACUAGGGCAGAUCCGGCCUCACUGACUGGGGCUCUUAACUCCCUCUGGAGCACGUACACCUCCAAAGGAAGGAACCCAGAGCCCCCACUGGGGCGUUGCCAGAGGCCACAUCUAACAGCAAGCCUUUCUGUGCCGGCUGCUGCCCUUAACCUUGAACUCAGCCCGGCUCCAGGCCCCAAUCAAACCCCUGCCCUCCGACCGGCGUGGGUGGAGUCCAGGACCAGAUGGCCCAGAAGGAAGUGGAUGCUUUCUUGGGUGGCUACGGACCACAACAUGGAUAACACGUCAACUGUGCUGCGGGAGUGGCUGGUGGCCGUGAAGAGUUUGUACCAUUCCGUGGAGUGGCGGCCGGCGGAGGAGCCCAGGUCCUACCCGGAUGAGGAAGGCCCGAAACACUGGUCUGACUCACGCUAUGAGCAUGUCAUGAAGUUGCGCCAGGCAGCCCUGAAAUCAGCUCGAGACAUGUGGGCUGAUUACAUCCUGUUUGUAGACGCGGACAACUUGAUCCUCAACCCUGACACACUGAGCCUGCUCAUCGCUGAGAACAAGACGGUGGUCGCCCCCAUGCUGGAUUCCCGGGCUGCGUACUCCAACUUCUGGUGUGGAAUGACUUCCCAGGGCUACUACAAGCGCACACCUGCCUACAUCCCCAUCCGCAAGCGAGACCGCCGGGGCUGCUUUGCAGUUCCCAUGGUGCACUCGACCUUCCUGAUCGACCUGCGGAAGGCGGCAUCCAGGAACCUGGCCUUCUACCCACCUCACCCUGACUACACCUGGUCCUUUGAUGACAUCAUCGUCUUUGCCUUCUCCUGCAAGCAGGCAGAGGUUCAGAUGUACGUGUGCAACAAGGAGGAGUACGGAUUCCUGCCAGUGCCAUUGCGCGCCCACAGCACCCUCCAGGAUGAGGCCGAGAGCUUCAUGCACGUGCAGCUGGAGGUCAUGGUGAAGCACCCGCCAGCAGAGCCCUCUCGCUUCAUCUCGGCUCCCACCAAGACACCGGACAAGAUGGGCUUUGAUGAGGUCUUCAUGAUCAACCUGAGGCGGCGGCAGGAUCGGCGGGAACGCAUGCUGCGGGCGCUGCAGGCACAGGAGAUCGAGUGCCGGCUGGUGGAGGCCGUGGACGGCAAAGCCAUGAACACCAGCCAGGUGGAGGCGCUGGGGAUCCAGAUGCUGCCUGGCUACCGGGACCCCUACCACGGCCGGCCCCUCACCAAGGGUGAGCUGGGCUGCUUCCUGAGCCACUACAACAUCUGGAAGGAGGUGGUGGACCGGGGUCUGCAGAAAUCGCUUGUGUUUGAGGAUGACCUGCGUUUUGAGAUCUUUUUCAAGAGACGCCUGAUGAACCUCAUGCGGGAUGUGGAGCGGGAGGGCCUGGACUGGGACCUCAUCUACGUGGGCCGGAAGCGGAUGCAGGUGGAGCACCCCGAGAAGGCUGUGCCCCGCGUGAGGAACCUGGUGGAGGCCGACUACUCCUACUGGACCCUGGCAUACGUGAUCUCCCUGCAAGGCGCCCGCAAACUGCUGGCCGCUGAGCCGCUCUCCAAGAUGCUGCCUGUGGACGAAUUCCUGCCCGUCAUGUUCGACAAGCACCCAGUGUCCGAGUACAAGGCCCACUUCUCGCUCCGCAACCUGCAUGCCUUCUCCGUGGAGCCGCUGCUCAUCUACCCCACACACUACACAGGAGACGAUGGCUAUGUGAGUGACACCGAGACCUCAGUCGUAUGGAACAAUGAGCACGUCAAGACCGACUGGGACCGCGCCAAGUCCCAGAAGAUGCGGGAGCAGCAGGCACUGAGCCGUGAGGCCAAGAACUCGGACGUGCUCCAGUCCCCACUGGACAGUGCUGCCCGGGAUGAACUCUGAGGGGUGGCAGCCAGAAAGCCAAAGCAGCCAUCGCUGGCCCAGGCUCCACGUGCUUACUAGGACAUCAGGGUCACCUCUGGACCCCUUGGCAGGCCACAGAGGGCCCUCGUGUGAGGUGGUGUCCAGCCAGCUCUUGCUAAGCAAUCACGUGCACACAGGCAGCAUUAAUGGAGUGCCUACUGCAUGCCAGCAACAGGGCUUGGCCCUGGGGAAUUGGGAGGAACCAAGCCCCCUUCAUCUGUUCAUGUGCCCAACACUUAUUAAGCACCUGCUGUAUGCCAGGUUCCCAUGUUACGGCAGUAACAUGAGAGUUACUGAGAGUUAUGAGGCAUAAUUAUUCCCUCCAUCAGCGAUUGAUUCAGUCAUCAAGCAGUUACUGAUCAGAUUAAGAAUCAGGUACUAGUGAUACACAUUCAUUUUUAAAAUUCAUUCAAGGAUUUAUUGAGUGCCUACUAUGUGUUGGGUGCCAUUCCAGGCUCUGGGAUUUUUUUUUUUUUUUUUUUUUUUUUUAAAGAGCAGAGUCUCACUCUGUCACCCAGGCUGGAGUGCAGUGGUGUGAUGUUGGCUCUCUGCAGCCUGUGCCUCCCAAGUUCCAGCAAUUCUUGUUUCUCGGCCUUCCAAGUAGCUGGGACUAUAGGUGUGCGCCCUCACAUCUGGCUAGUUUUUGUAUUUUUAGUAGAGACGGGGUUUCACCAUGUUGGCCAGACUGGUCUCAAAUUCCUGACCUCAAGUGAUCUGCCCACCUUGGCCACCCAAAGUGCUGGGAUUACAGGCAUGAGCCACUGUGCCUAGCCCAGGCUCUGGGAAUAUUGAGAUAAAUAAGAUGCUUCUAUCCAUUUAUUCAAGCACAUACUGAUCACCUGCUGUGUGCCUGGCACUCAUGUCACAAAGAUAAGUUCCUGACUCAGUACACUUACUGAGCACCUGCUGUGUGCAGGGAGCUGAGCUGUGGGAUGGGAAUGGGAGUAAACAAGGUACUUUUCACUUUUUUCUUUUUUUCCUCACUGCUAGACGGUGUGGGAACUUCUCACUCUAAUUGGCUUCUUGCCCACACACCUCAAGAGCACUGACUGUGUGUCGGGCACUAGUGAUACAAAAGAGUAUGACAGUUGUCCAGUCUGCAUUUUUGAUCAUGGGCUACAUGCAAAGUGCUGGGGCACAGAGAUGAACAAGAUCGGUUUCUUCACUUCUUCAUGCCACAAGCAUUUAUUGAGCACCUGUGUGCCAGGCCUCACAGACUCUCAGUUGGGUUGAAGAACGGUUGACUGAGUAAUUCUUCCUGUACCCCUGGUCAUCUGAGCUGUGUGCAGACAACAUCCCCCCACCACCCAAGAGGGAGGGUAGCUCUUCCCCAACCAGGGGCAACCACAGGUCCUGGUGGCCCCAUGCCACAUGUCAGCCCCCCUGGAGGGGGCGCCAGUUGGAGACGGGGGCCGGGUGUCCCUGGCCCACCCCCGGUCCCCUGUGCUUUACCUCCCUGCCCUUGUGUCUCAGGUGUGGUCCCUGCCUGCUUGAUGAAGUUGCUCUGUUCAAGCCUUUGGUGGGAUCAUGUGUUUGGGGGCUUUUCGGGGACCCAGCUGCACUGGGGCACUGCCCGUGGCCUGGGUAGGACAUUUCCCAGCAAGGGCUGGAGGAGUUGCCAUGCCUUCAGCCUGAAUCGAAUGUCGGAACCAGCCAGCGGUGCUUCACCCUCUUGGGGAUAACUUGCUUAUUUUUUUAAUAAAUGUUCCUGGUUGGUUUUCACAA